GCGGCGAGCGCAGACGGACGACCUGUGGAGCGUCUGCACAGAGCGACUGAAGACACACAGAGCAUGGAGAGCUGCACACGGCAACACUAGCUGUUCUGUGAUUGGCUGACUGCUGACAUCAGUGUAAAGAUGGCCCACCUCUUCCUCGCCAGUAAGAUCGCCAUGCCGGACGACCUCCACAGCAAAGCCGGCAGGAUCCCCAGAGGCGCCGUGAGGAUGCCGACAUCCAUCUCUGCCGAGAAGCUGAGCCGGGAGAAGGCCAGGAAGGACCGCGGCGUCGUCGUCGUGACGACACACGUCCCGCACGUCAACGAGAUCCAGCUGACGGCGGCCACAGGUGGCGCUGAAAUGUCCUGCUACCGCUGCAUGGUGCCGUUUGGCGUUGUCGUACUCAUCGCCGGAGUCGUGGUCACGGCGGUGGCGUACACCUUCAACUCGCACGGGUCCACCAUCUCGGUGCUGGGGCUGGUGCUGCUGUCUGCUGGACUGGGCCUGCUGGGAUCCAGCGCCGUCUGCUGGAGGAUCCGACUGAGGAAGAAGAGGGACAAGCGGAGGGAGAGUCAGACCGCCCUCAUGGCGAGCCACGGUUACUGCGUGGCCUGAGCGGCGUGGAGUUUAAGUUACGUUGGUGGUUCAGGCUGUGAACAUAAAAC